AUGGAGAGGACGUCAUUAUUCCUCCUAAUAAAUGUAGUUUUAUUUAUUGUGCCUUAUAGAGGUGUAUAUGCGGAUUUGCCUAUUCACGCCCUGGUUUCUGACAUUGCCGGGAAGUGGACCUUUAGCAUCAGUUAUAAUGUCUACGGAGCAGAUAUAGCAUGUGGAUCUGAUACGCCAAAUAGCAUUGGCCGAGUCCUAUCAUUCGGUGACUACAAAACUUUCAUUGAAAAACAGCACGGAAUCUCACGUCAAGUUACACUGGAUUUAACGCUAGAAACCGUAAAACUUCCCCAUGACUAUGAUGCAAAGCAUCGUAAUGAUUGGGUAUAUUUGGCAGUAAAAUCUGACAAUGAACGUGUCAUUGGAACAUGGACAGCUAUUUAUGAUCAAGGUUUUUACAUUACCCUGGAUGACGGGCUAGAGAUCUUCAGCUAUGUAAGCUUCUCCCCAGUUGGCGAGCAUAAAUACUUGACAAACCCCAACCAAACGCAAAUCGGCUGGGUAACUCGUAGAGAAGGUGGAAAUAUAACGCAUGCAUGUGCUUCCGGGUCCCGUGUUCAUAAAAAGGAAUCAGUUGCAACAGUAAACGUGGAUGAGUCUACGAGUACUAAAUAUGGAAAAACCAUACAAAGGACCUCAGACGUUUCCAGGCUUGACGGAAAUUUAGUUUUAAAAACUUUAAAGGAAAAUGGUGGUUAUUUUUGCAGGUGCACAUCCAAAGGGCCAAGUACCCAUGAUCUUCCAAGAGCUUUUUCAUGGGAUAGGUACGAAAACAUACCCCUCGUAAAUCAGAAGAGAUGUGGAGGAUGCUAUACAAUAUCUGCUCUUUAUACCUUACAAGUGAGAUUUAUAAUCCAGGUUAGCAAGUUGCUAAAGAGUGGCAAAGCAGGCCACCGUGAACACGCUUUAAAACAGCUUCUUGCGGACCUAAAGAGAGGAUAUUUUGAUAUUAAUGAUGCUCUCAGUUGUAUAUACCUGAAUCAGGGCUGUCAUGGAGGUUAUCCAUACCUUGUAGGUAAGCAUGCAAAAGAAUAUGGUCUUCAUUUUGUGCAAGUUGAUGGUGAUUACACAAGGUAUGAGUCCGAAAAGGAUAGACUGGAAACAAUCUUUAGAAUUGUGGACAACCAAACAUGCGAUAAUGUAAAUUCAAACAAACUCUUUUAUGCACAUUCCUAUGGGUACGUAGGAGGUAGCUAUCAAUGUACCAAAUGUUCCGGAGAAGCAUUAAUGAUGCAAGAAAUAUAUGAAAAUGGGCCAAUUGUAGUAGGAAUUGAUGGGUCCUUUCUAAAUGGUCGUCACACUACAGGAAUCAUUGACUUUACAGACGAAGAUGCAAAGAAGAGAUUUGGUCUAUGUGAUGUAGAUGGACAUCCUGCACUAAGUGGAUGGGAAUACACUACUCAUGCUGUUGCGGUCAUUGGUUGGGGAGAAGAGGUAUCAGAACACUCCGUGAAAAAAUACUGGAUAAUCCGCAACAGUUGGGGAAAAGACUGGGGUGAUGGAGGCUUUUUCAAGCUAGUGAGAGGGGAAAAUGCCUUUGGUGUGGAAUCCGAGGGAGUCUUCAUCGACCCAGACUUGGAUCGGGCAACCGACGCAGUUACAGAUGCAUCAAUUCGUCAUCACAAAUAA